UAAGCUGUACAGUCAUCUCUUAGAAAUAGACCGUUAUGUUCAGUUGUAGAGGAUAUUUUGAUCAAUACACAUUGAUAGUAGUGGGUCACAUAAAAUAUAAAGGAACAUGAACCCUUAGUGCCAGACAUCACCCAAUAUCAUGAUUUUUAAAAGGACAGGCAAUUAAAAACCACAGAGAGGACCACAAACCAUGUACAACCCCUAGUAGGCUAUACAACCAAACAAAAAAAAAACUUUAGUUUUGUAUAGUGUUGGUGUGAAUAAUUUAUAUCAACUAUUAAACCAAACACGUGACCAAUCAACUUGUCUUGUGCCCUAUAGAUGAUUAGUUGUGUUUGUUAACCUAAUUUAGGCUAUACAUUUUUUUUUGGUAUACUGUCGUCAGUUGAAAAAAGGACAGGACAGUUAGUGUUUAAGAUUAUAAGAUACAUGCAUUUCAUACAACACAUAAAUAUUAGAUACACAAAAACUAUAACCAGCAUAAAUCACAUUUAAACAAAUGUAUUUUCUGUCAGUCAAAACUGUGAUUCCUAUGCCAUAUGAUGCAACUCAUGCAGUCAAAAUCGAAGUCAUGUGUUUGUGUGGGGUGGGGGUUUUGGGUGAGUGCAUGAGUGAAUUCAAUUCCCCAUGUCUCCAGGCCUUAUUCCAUCCAUGUAGAGCUUGUCCAUAAUCAACAGAGAUGAGAAACCUAAUGUAAAGUGGCAUCGGACUAAUAUUAUUUUUAAAAACUAAGAAAGAAACUCUUUGCAUCAAGAACAACAAAAACAUCUAAAACAAUAAACCAAAGCAGCCUCUGGAAACAUGCCUAAAAGACCAGGGUUUGGGGAUGUGGAACUAAGGAUAUUGGUUAUCGGGAGCAGUGGUACAUCCCAGUUCCUUCUCACCAACUUCAUUUUGGGAAGGGAGAAGUUCUCCGGGGAUGUUUAUAACAUUACAUCCAGGCAGAAAAAUGUGGGAGAGUUUGUAGGAAGACGGGUUGCGGUAAUCAACGGACCGAACAUGUACAACAAAGACCUGUCCAAGUCCAAAAUGAGGAAAGAGCUGAGAAGAUCAAUGUGUUUGUCGUCUCCCGGACCUCACGCCGUACUCAUCGCGUUCGACCUGGAGAAGAUCUCCCCUAAUGACAUGAAGACGCCCAAGCUGGUUACCAAUAAAUUUGGGGAGAAUGUUCUGAAUUACACGAUGGUCCUCUUGGUUUACGAUGGGCAUCUGAGAGGCAGAGAGCUUAACGACAAGGUCACGCGAACCGACUGGCACCUGCGGGAGCUUGUGGAGCAGUGCAACGGCCGCUAUCACGUCUUCAGUAAGAACUGGAGGAGCCACGGCGGGAACAGGGAGCUCCUACAUAAGAUCGAGCGGAUGCUGCAGGCAAUGGGUGGACAAUAUUACAUUAACCGAUCUUACAAGAGGGCAGAGGACAGCAUCAGAACCGAGGAGAGAAAGCUACGCAAGAAGAGAAACUCUGAGAUCAAGCGGACGUGCCGGGACCUGGAGGAGCAGUUUCGGGGGGAUGAGCUGCGCUGGCAGAUGGACAACUACAAUGCAAGUGUCGGGGCAGAAAUCAGGGACAUGGCCGAACUGCAGAAUAGCCGGCUCAGGACUACACUGGCUGUGGGACUAGGGCUGGGGUUUGUUGCUGGAGCAGCCAUGGGGAUGAUCGUGGGCUCUGUGGAAGGGCCGGCAGGAAUGGUAGUGGGAGGGGCUGUGGGAGGGGUUGUGGGCGGGGCAUCGGGUGCCGCUGCACAGCUGGCCAUUCAACACUUGGAUGACAGGGUGGGAGCACAAACAGCCAACUUUAAUGCAGCUUUUAUUAACCGCUUCUUUCGGGCGCCUCCAGUCUGAGUACAGAAAGAUUAUAGGAGUAGUUCACUUUAUAAAAAAAAAACUUUUGCUGAUAAUUUAC